CGCGAUUGACCGGUUGUAGCAGCGUCGCCAUCACGCGUGCAUAGCACGGCGGUUUGUUGCUGGCUGCUCCUUCUCUUCCCUACUUCCUGGGGAUCAAGUGACGAUGGGCCAACAACAAGCGCAAGGAAGCAAGGGCGCCGGAGUGCUAGUGUGGCUGCGGCGGCCGACGGCGACGUGCAGCGAUCAGCGCCUGCAUCUAGGGCGUUGGCCAACUGGGAUCUGCGCGAGCUGCAAGGGAAGGAACCAACAAAGAGCACUAGGGCAGGUGAUAAUUAAUUACUCCUACUGAUUAGCAGAUUAGAACCAUAUUAGGCAUUCAAUUUUCAGUUUUGACUCAACUCAUACAUCUAAAAUUAUACUAUUGUAUUGUAGAUUCUUAAAACAUAACGAAAGAUGUAGAUAUUUCAUCUCAUUUUCAGAAACAUGUAAAAAAAUGCUUCUGAAUUACUCUACUUCCUUUCCUAGUUAUGACAGAAGAGUAUACUCUAAAUAAGAUGCGGAAGAAGUGGUUCUAUUACCUAUAUUUAUAUUGUAUAUAUUUAAAUUAUUAUAUCCGCGAUGUUUAAAAUUUUUUAUAAGUUGGACCACACAUACCAUAAAUUCUAAAUACGCCGCUGAGCUCAUCGGUAGCCGUCGUCGUCAGUCCGCUGCACCUCAUCCGCCGCCGCUACAGUUUGACCGCCACUUGUCGUUCGCGCUUCCUCCUCCCAGACGGCAGCAUGACAUGGAGCGGAAGGGGGAUGAGGGGGCAGCGCUGAUCCGAUGCAGGGGAAAGGGAAGGGAGAGGAAACAUAAGGCCACUAACGGGUGGGUUCCACAUGAUGAUUUAGCAUAUUGGAUUAAGUCAAAACGCCAUGUCAGCGAAAUCACUCUCUAAAAUCACCCAGAGAGUUAUCGGUUUUAAUAGUUGGGUGGUCGAGAUAAGUACAGCGAUACCAAUCAGAUUUGUCACCAGUUAAGGGAGUCAAAAUGGACUUAUUCCCCAUAUUGUCGGCUUAGUAAAGCCCACUGAGCUAGAAGCCUGGAACAUGUUACACGUACGUUUUCAGUGUAAAGGGCCUGGAGGGCAUGACAGUCUUUUCGACCUUGUUAAAAAAUCCAAGCACGUGUUGUGCGCGCGAAUGAAUGGCACACUACAUAGCCUGGUAGACGGGCAGUUUCCCUUCUUCCCGCCGUGGCUAGCUGCUGCGCGCUGACCAGCUAGCUGCCAAUUGCUCCCUGUGAGCUGCGUGCUGCGAGAGGUCAAGCUAGCUGUAGUGGUCAUGGCGAGCGUCCCGCUCCUCGCGGAGUGGCCGGCCGGGAAAGAGAAGGAGGAGGGGCGCGUCCGGCGGCGGCUGCCGGCGUUGGCGAGGGAGGCGUGGGAGGAGUCCAAGAAGCUGUGGGAGAUCGUCGGCCCGGCCGUGUUCCUGCGGCUGGUGCUGUACAGCUUCAACAUCAUCAGCCAGGCCUUCGCCGGCCACAUCGGCGACCUCGAGCUCGCCGCCUUCUCCAUCGCCAACAACGUCAUCACCGGCCUCAACUUUGGCUUCCUGCUGGGCAUGGCUAGUGCACUGGAAACACUCUGCGGCCAGGCCUACGGCGCAAAGCAGUGCUCCAUGCUUGGCAUCUACCUACAACGUUCUUGGAUCAUCCUCUUCGUCUUCGCCGUGCUCCUCGUCCCGACCUACGUCUUCACCGCCCCGCUGCUCGAGGCGCUGGGCCAGCCCGCCGCGCUGGCGCGCAAGGCCGGCAUGGUCAGCGUGUACAUGCUCCCGUCGCACUUCCAGUACGCCGUCCUCCUGCCGCUCAACAAGUUCCUGCAGAGCCAGCGCAAGAACUGGGUCACCGUGGUGACCGCGGCGGCGGCGUUCCCGGUGCACAUCGCGGUGAGCUGGCUGCUGGUCAGCCGCCUCCGGUUCGGGGUGCUCGGCGCCGCCAUGUCGCUCGGUGUCUCCGGCUGGCUCGUCACGCUGCUGCAGCUCGCCUACGUCGUCGGCGGCGGGUGCCCGGUGACGUGGAGUGGGUUCUCCCCGUUGGCGUUCGUGGAUUUGUGGGGUUUUGUCAAGCUGUCCGUCUCGUCUGGAGUUAUGGUAUGUUUGGAGACUUGGUACUACAAGAUACUGAUCCUGCUCACAGGACACCUGAAGAAUUCUGAACUUGCAGUGAAUGCUCUUUCUAUCUGUAUGAGUUUUCAAUCUUGGGAGAUGAUGAUUCCAGUGGGAUUCUUAGCCGGCACCGGGGUGCGAGUGGCUAACGAGCUUGGCGCGGGCAACGGGAAGGGAGCAAAGUUCGCGACGAUCGUGUCGACGACGACCUCCUUCCUGAUCGGCCUCUUCUUCAGCGCGCUGGCGCUGGCCUUCCAUGACAAGAUAGCGCUCGUCUUCUCGUCGAGCAAUGCGGUGAUCGACGCCGUGGACAACAUCUCCUUUCUGCUAGCCGUCACCAUCCUCCUCAACGGCGUCCAACCUGUUCUUUCAGGGGUUGCUAUUGGUUCAGGGUGGCAAGCGGCAGUGGCCUAUGUAAACAUCGGAUGCUACUACUUCAUCGGAGUUCCUAUCGGUGUUCUGCUUGGUUGGAGUUUCAACCUUGGAGUUUUUGGAAUUUGGGCUGGAAUGAUCGCUGGCACUGCAAUCCAGACUAUAAUUCUGGCGCACAUGACCAUUCAGUGUGAUUGGAACAAAGAGGUUUUGCAAGCAAGUGAACGCGUCCAAAGAUGGGGGAACCCAAAAUGAACAGGAGCAAGUAUAUUAUGUGUUCGUACUAGCAGUAUUGUGGAUUGUUCACUGUAUCAACAGGUUUUCCAUGUUGGAGAAUUGGGCUUGCUUGCUUGAGUUGCGGCUUGUAAUUUGUAGAACUUUAGUUUAGAAUUUGGUUGGUUACUCUACUUGCUUGACGCCUUGUUCAGUUGUUCA